UUUCGAGAGAAUUCUGGCAUCUUACUAUAUGUGUGGGAACCUUUUGGAACCUCCCCUAUUGUUGGCAUCUGCUUCUUACGACAAGUAGUACAUGCUUGGCCUUGCAGAUCAGGUUGAGUUGCUGAAAGCUUUCAUUAGAAUUCAGGUUUUACGUUAAGAAACACUGAAUCCUCUUCGAUACUUAAAGGCAAGAGAUUUGGCUUUUGAUUGGGAGGACUUUUCUAAGCCGAAAAACCUGAGCAAGAGCAAAACCUUGAUGCCCAACAUACUGAUCACGAUCCUCAAGAGCGGAAGCGAUGAGCUGGGAAGGCAUGCUCUCCAUCUUCUUUCUGCCCAUCAUCCUUCUGCUCCUCUCUCUCCUCCUCCUCUUCUUCGUUUUCCAUGGACGCAGGGACAGUUCAAUGGCGGCAACCAGAACGCCUUGCCCCGCUUCAUAUCCAAUAAUUGGCAACCUCAUCGCUUUCUUGAGAAACCACAACCGCUUUCUCGAAUGGGCAACCGAAAUGAUCUCCGACACUCCUUCUGGCACCAUCAAAGUUCAUCUCUUUUUGAGGAAUUACGGCGUCUGCACCGCGAAUCCAGCCAACGUUGAGCACCUCCUGAAAACCAACUUCCGUAACUACGUCAAAGGCCAGAGGUUUGGUGGUGUACUUGGAGACUUACUUGGCAAUGGCAUCUUUAAUGUAGAUGGUCAGCUCUGGAGCAAGCAGAGGAAGACUGCGAGCUGCGAAUUCAGCACCAAAUCCUUGAAGAACUUUGUGAUGGAGAUAGUGCAGUGGGAGAUCACCAACCGCCUCAUGCCCCUUCUGUUGGACGCAAGCGACAGAGAUGCAACCAUAGAUCUCCAGGAUGUCCUCCACAAAUUUGGGUUUGAUAACAUCUGUAAUCUCGCCUUUGGGUAUGAUCCUGAAUGCUUAGUGGCCGGAAAACCGAUGCCCACAUUUGCCCGGGCAUUUGAUCAGGCCACCAAGAUCUGUACAGACAGGUUUUACGCCCCUAUUCAAUUUCUUUGGAAGAUCAAGAGAGUCCUGGGCGUCGGCUCUGAAAGGAAACUCAGUGAAGCAAUUCAAACGGUUGAUGAAUACGCCAUGAAGAUAAUAAUGUCCAGAAAGGAGGAGCUGCAGACGAACAAUGGGGUACUCUUCAAGCAAGACUUGCUAUCUAGAUUCAUGGCAGAUUCUAAAGCUCGGGAAUUUGAUGAACCAGAACUUGAAGAUGACCAAAAAUAUAAUUUAGUUUCACAUGAUGACCAGGAUCAGCGGCAGUGCAGCGACAAAUUCCUGAGGGAUAUUGUCAUAAGCUUCAUCUUAGCUGGUAAAGAUUCAACAUCUUCAGCAGUGACUUGGUUCUUUUGGCUGUUGUCAGUCAAUUCCAAAGCUGAGCGGAAGAUCUACAAUGAGGUGCUCCAGAUCGCUGAACAGCCAGAGUUUAAGAAUAGGACCUCAGGAUGGGCAGUCUUUCGUUACGAGGAAUUGAAAGACAUGCACUACCUUCAUGCUGCUCUUUCGGAGGCCCUUCGACUGUUCCCACCAGUCCCAAUCGACUCCCGACUCGCUGUAAGUGAAGAUGUUCUGCCAGAUGGUACAUACGUUGGUGCUGGAUGGUUUGCUGAUUACUCUGCCUACGCAAUGGGCAGAUCAAAGGAGUUGUGGGGAGCAAAUUGCCAUGAAUUUGUGCCAGAAAGAUGGUUAGACAAUGGCAAAUUUGUGCCUGAAAAUCAGUUCAAGUUUCCGGUUUUUCAUGCUGGGCCACGAACCUGCUUAGGGAAAGAUAUGGCUUAUAUUCAGAUGAAAUCACUGGUUGCGUCUAUUCUCUACAGCUUUGAGAUUCACGUGGCGAAUGGUGGCCCAAACCCACCCCCAUACACCCUCGCCCUUACCAUGAAGAUGAAAGAAGGAUUAACAGUCAGAGUGAAGAGAAGGCGCACACUUACUUCCAGGGAUUAGGAGCACGCAUUUAGCUAUAAUUGCAAGAUAGAAAGAACAUCGUUUUGUACAAGUGUCUGUAGAAUGAGGAAGACGUUAUUUCAUAUGGCUAAAAGAAAUUGUCGCGUCGUCUUAGCUAUAAUUACAAUACGAAGGCGAGUCAAUUGUUUCUGCAAGUAACUGUAAUAUGUGGCAUCAUGAUGCUACUGUGUAUGGCUAAAUAAACCUGCAUAAUUUCAUGA